CAUGUUGCCAAUCCUGCCCUGUCUCUGUUUUGCUCACUGAUGUGAUUUUUUUGCCUUUCCCAAAGCUGAUUGUGGCCGUGGAACAUGAUGAAAUUCCAAGGCUCAAAGCUCUGUAUGAGAGGGGGCUGCAGAACAACGUCCCGGGGCUGAAACUCAUUGGACCCAAGGAAAUCCAGGAGAAGGAGCCCUUCUGCAGGGGACUGAUGGCCCUUGAUUCUCCCUACACUGGGAUUGUGGAUUACAAACAAGUGGCCCAGUCCUAUGCCAGAGACUUCCAGGAAGCAGGUGGGACAAUCUUGACUGAUUUUGAAGUCACAAACAUGGAGAUGGCCAAAGAAAGUUCUCCAGAAAGUGAAGAUGGACUGAAAUACCCAGUCAUUGUUAGGAGCAAAAAGGGUGAGGAAAUCUCCUGUGGGCACAUUUUGACCUGUGCAGGGCUUCACUCCGACCGCCUGUCCGAAAUCAGCGGCUGCAGCCCCGAGCCCCGGAUUGUCCCGUUCCGGGGGGAUUAUUUGGUGCUAAAACCAGAAAAAUCUUACUUGGUGAAAGGAAAUAUUUAUCCAGUACGUCCCCCCUGGUUUGUCUGUCACAGUGUGCCCUAAGAGCUGCUAAAAAUGCAGGAAA